AGUGCCACACGCGUGUGUCGAGCUGGACAGGGAAGUUGGGAAACUUUCUCAUUGUUUGUAACCAGCAAAAACACUCGGAUAAGGGACAUGACACGAACCGACGCUAUCGCCCAAACUAUACUAAAGAAUCAAUGAGUUCUUGGUCCGCAAUGGGCGUUCACAGCAAUACAUCAGCGCUUUAUUCCCAACAGGGUGUUUUACCCAAACACGUGGAAACAGAAUUGAGUUGGAUGUUAAAGUGGGAUCUCUCAGGUGAUUUGAGGAGAUUUCUCUAGAUGUGGACUGCAGAGGUACUCCGGCUUUUCAGUAAAGUGAAAUGAUGGCAACACAUUGGAGGGAUCCAGGUGAUGAUGAUGAGCUGAAUUACGCUGGUGCAUCUUCACUCUGUGAGAAUGUGGCAGAUCAGGAUGAUUCUUCAGGAGUGCUCUUUAAGCCGGAGGAAGAGCAGUUUUCCUGGCCAGGGCCUAAAACGCUGCGUCUGCAGCGCACUUCACAAGGCUUCGGCUUCACUCUGCGUCACUUCAUCGUGUACCCACCUGAGUCAGCUAUGCACUCCAGUUUUAAGGAGGAAGAUCAUGGCCACAGAGGAAGACCGCGGAACAGACUAGAGCCCAUGGACACAAUCUUUGUGAAGCAGGUCAAAGAGGGAGCGCCCGCUCACAGCGCUGGACUCUGCACCGGAGACAGAAUAGUGAAAGUGAACGGCGAGAGCAUAAUUGGGAAGACAUACUCACAAGUCAUUGAGCUCAUCCAGAACAGUCAUACAUUUCUGGAAUUGUGUGUGAUGCCAAAAGAUGAAGAUAUACUACAGCUGGCCUAUUCCCAGGAUGCCUACCUUAAGGGUCAUGACGCAUACAGUGGAAAUGCCCGCCAUAUCCCAGAGCCACCCCCUAUAUGUUAUACUCGAGUAGACUGUAAGCCCCCGGGGAUGGCCCAGGCCACUGAGACAUCAGUCCCGGGGGAUGUACUAUCUGAUCUAGGAUACCGGGUGGAGAUACCAGUACCCCCCUCACCUCCACCACCAAUUCCAAAGACGCAAACAGUGGUGUGUGUGUGCAAUGAAAGUGUUCGGACUGUGGUGGUACCUCCUGAUGUUCACAUGGGCCGUAUGGGUCCAAGUCAUAGGGGGGACUAUGGUCUAACUGGUCAGGAUCCAAUCAUGAUCAGAGCCAGGCCUGGUACGGUGUCUGGUGGUCGACCACCAUACCUCCACCCUGGCAAAGCUGACGUGUUCCCUUCAGGUUACCAUGGAGAGCCUUAUGCUGUUCCACCUACACACUACUCACCUGCCGCCUCCAUCACUUUCCCUUCUACCCAUCAGAACAUUGACUGGCGAACUUACCAGACAUACCGGGAAUACAUUGAUAAUAAGGGUCUGCACACUUGCAGUCGGACUAUUCAAGAACGUUUAGACAGCCUGCGAGCUGCCUCCCAAAAUGUCCACAGUGUACCUCAUUGUGGACCUCAACCUGGACCUCAACCUGGCUGGGGCAAGAAGUUAAACCGCAGAAGCUCAUCGCAUGACCGGGCUUACCAGGGCCCCUCUGUGCUUUCUCCACGCAGCACCUCACAGGAUAGGAUGAGUGGGGCGGAGAGAGCAGGCCACGCCAGAGAUUGGCCUCCUCGUAGCCUGUCCUCUGACGGUCUGAUGCGGAAGUCCCAUGUUCAUUCGUCAGACUAUGUAGAACACGGUGAACUAGUUUCUGGUGCGCCAUGGGCCGCUUUGGACAGGCAGCUGUAUGGCAGAGUGGACCAGAGGAGUCGUCCUAGUAGACAGUCUCUUCCACCACGGGCAGUCCUUUAUCACCGUCCCACAGGGUAUGGCAUGAGCGUGAGGGGCGUUGCUGGCUCUCAACCGCACAGUUCCAGAACGGACAUCCCACCCACCUUUUUUCCAGAACGAUCUCGCAAUGGUGUAAACCAGGCCAAAGUGCCUCUCUCUAAAGACCAAAGUGGAACUGUUGUUGGUAAUCAUAUUUCUAAUUCUGCAUCAGUUCAAUCCAGAACUAGGGCUGAAACCAUGCAGAGCCCAGAAACGGGGAAAGAGACCGCUGUUGGACAUAGGUCAUCAUCAUGUUCUGCUCCGCCCUCUCAAAAGCCGCAGGGCGGGUCAUCAGCUCAGAGGACACACCAAUGGGAUCUCAAGCUGCAAUCAGUAAAUGGGUCCAGUCCCAUGGAGGGUGUAGUCUUUAGAGAGAAGCCUCCAACUGGAAAGGGCACCCCACAACCUCUCCGCCACCCCUCAUACAUCCUUGCUGUGAAUGACACAGAUGGGCCUGAGCCAGCAGUGGGUGACGUCUGCUGGUUGCCUAAUGAUGCACGCCGGGAGAUGCACAUGAGGAGACUAGGGGAGCGACUUGACUCCUCCUUUUGCUCCAGUAAUCUGGACGAAUCACUUGACUCCAUUCCCUUCAUUGAUGAGCCUGCCAGCCCAAGUAUAGACCAUGAUGGCAACCAUAUUCCUGCCUCUGUUGUGAUAUCUGGAGCUCAGGCUAUAAUCUCUGACAGCCCGAGCCCUACCACCCCCAGUCCACUCAUGCGCCGCCAGCUCUCACAUGACCAAGAAUCUCUCAGAAAUGCCAUACUGGAAUCUCAAACGGGAACCAAAACAGAGCGCUCAAAAUCUUAUGAUGAGGGUCUGGACAACUACCGUGAGGAAGGCCGGGGACGAUCCAGCAAACCAAGUCUAAGGGUUUUCAGAAAGGCACUGGAUGGUAAUAAAUCCGAUGACUCCAGUUCCAGGAGAGAUUCGUCCACUGAGAUCUUUAAUGAUUCCACCAAAGAGGGCUGGCUGCAUUUCCGACAGCUCAACACGGAGAAGAGCAAGCGUGUAGGUGGCGGUAUGCGGCCAUGGAAACAGAUGUAUGCAGUGCUGCGGGGACACUCCCUCUACCUCUAUAAGGACAAAAAGGAGGGGCUCGCUCAUGUCAACUUUCAACUGGAGGACGAGCCACAGGCAAUCAGCAUCAAGGCCUGCUUAAUUGACAUAUCUUACAGCGACACAAAGCGCAAAAAUGUACUACGACUGACGACUUCAGACUGCGAGUAUCUGUUUCAGGCAGAGGGCCGAGAGGACAUGCUGUCCUGGAUCAGAGUCAUUCAAGAAAACAGCAACCUGGAUGAUGAGAACGCUACCAUAACAAGCACUGAUUUAAUCAACAGAAAGCUCAAAGAGUAUAUAUCCAUGAGUAAUGUGUGUUGUCACAGUGCUCCCAGCAGUAAGACAGAGCCGUCACCCAAAACCUCCCGGCAGUCUCUCAGCAUUAGACACACACUGCUGGGCGGCAGCAGUAAGAGUCAGAGCCCCCACUCGCCCAGAAAUGAGCAGGAGAGAAGUAAAGAUGACUCCAGUGGAGCUGCAUGGAGGAGAGGAAUUCCAGGCCUGAAGAAAAAGCCCCAGGAUAAGAGGCCCACUGCUGGAGUCACGUUUGGAUUGCGACUGGAUAAUUGCCCUCCUGCACAAAACAACAGAUUUGUGCCCUUGAUCGUGGAGGUUUGUUGUAAGCUGGUGGAGGAGAAAGGGUUGGAGUACACAGGGAUUUAUAGAGUCCCUGGAAACAAUGCUGCCAUCUCUAGCAUGCAGGAGGAACUAGACACUAAAGGCAUGACGGAUAUUGAUAUCCAAGAUGAUAAGUGGCGAGAUCUCAAUGUGAUCAGCAGUUUGCUAAAGUCUUUCUUCAGGAAACUUCCAGAGCCUCUGUUUACCAAUGAAAAAUAUUCCAACUUUAUUGAUGCUAAUCGAACGGAGGACCCCAUUGAACGGUUAAAAGCACUGAAGAGACUGAUUCACGAGCUGCCAGAUCAUCAUUACGAAACGCUAAAGUACCUCUCUGGACACCUCAAAACUGUUUCUGAAAACUGUGAGAAAAACAAGAUGGAGCCACGUAACUUGGCCAUUGUUUUUGGGCCAACCCUCGUCAGAACCUCUGAAGACAACAUGACCCACAUGGUCACGCACAUGCCCGACCAGUACAAGAUUGUGGAGACUCUCAUUCAGCAAUAUGAUUGGUUCUUCACUGACGAUGGAGAUGAAGAGCCAACGACCACAGUGGAGCAGGAGAGCACAGUUCAGUCUCAGCCUGUGCCCAACAUUGACCAUCUGCUCACCAACAUCGGCCGUACGGCAACAUUGCCAGGAGAUGUCUCAGAUUCAACCACCAGUGACUCUGCAAAAUCAAAGCAGGGUUCCUGGGGGUCUGGUAAGGAUCAAUAUAGUAGAGAGCUGCUGCGUUCUUCCAUCUUUGCCAGCCGCAAACGCAAAAAGCCCAAGGACAAGCCUCAGCCUAGCAGCUCCGAUGAUGAUCUGGACGCCAGUUUCUCCAAGAAGGACCUUCCAGUACAAAAUGAUCCAAAUUGGCCAGCUGAUGACCAAACUGAAGAGGCCGAGAACAAAGUUAAACUCGGUGACCAAAUAGAAAGGACUGAGGAUGGUGACCAGAGCCUAGGAGAGAGCCUUGACCUCGCCUCUAACAACAAACAGCUCCACUCUGAACAUCUGCCCCAGCAAACCUCCCCCUCACCGAAGAUCAUUACACCACCCAAAACUAGUUAUCACAUGCAGAUGACUCGCCAAAGUUCCCUGUCAGAUCCUCCCUCUAACUACGACGAUGGAUGUGCCUCUGAUUUGGGCACACUCAACAGCACCAGCUCCCAGGCCUCAGUACCCAGAAUGAGGCAUCGCAGGAUACCAGGCCACUGGAUGGAGAAUACAGGAAUAGGCCCAGGAGCAGAAGUCUGCUCCAUCACUUCAGACUACUCCACCACCUCCUCAAUGACCUUCCACACAGGGUUGGAGUCUGUUACCUUUUGUCCAGAGGUGCAAUCUGUCACUGAAAGCCGCGGGGAUGAUGCUGAUGAUGAAAGAAGUGAACUCAUCAGUGAAGGGCGACCAAUGGAAACUGACAGUGAGAGUGACCUGUCAGUGUUUGCUGGCGGCCAAGAAGGUGGGCUGACUGAACCAGAAGGCAAUGUUACACCUUUGCAAUAUGUGCCCAAUCUAAUCCCCUCCCAUCGAAUCAUUGCAUGCGAUACCUUGGCACGCAAGAGAGGGAGUCGGAAGAAGACAGACAGCGAGUCUUCAGCUGAUGGAAGCCGCAGUGACAAGGAGUCUAGUCAACUUUCACGAGUACUGGAGGCAGUCAAAGAACGAUCCACUGGCAGCCUGAGCUCUUCCUCUCGCAGUGAAUCGGAACGAGCCACUGAACCCCUGUGGCGAAUUAAAAUCACAGACCGGUUAAAGUGUCGACUGCGGACGUCAGCUGAUGACAUGUUUGGGGUGGGUUCUCAGCGUACCAGGUCCCCCGAGACCCGAAGUAAACGGAAAAGCAAUAUCCGCCGCAGGCACACUAUGGGUGGGCAGCGUGACUUUGCCGAGUUGUCAGUAAUUGGAGACUGGCAAAGGGUAGAGGGCACUGAGCUCUCUGCAGUGGAUCGCUUAAAGCCCAAGUGCAGUUCACAGGACUUUUCCAUCAGAGACUGGAUAGCUCGAGAGCGACACCGUGCAAGCAACCCUGAAGUUAGCCUGGACAUGCUAGACCUGCACCCUUCUCGAUCACGGGACCUGUUAUCUGCUGGGCCCUCGCACUCCUAUCCAGGUCAGCUGCUCAAUGGAGAUGUAGCAGCUGCUCAAAGCAAGAGCCUAAACUUAGCUUCUCACGCCCACCCUCACAAACUCUCGGGUGCUCAAGUGGUCCGGUCCCGUUUCUAUCAGUACCUAUGAAAGUGUGCGAGAGAGAGUGUAUAUAUAAAUACACCAAUAUAUAUGAGUACACUGUUUCUAAAUGUCAGAGAGUUGACAUGUUUUUAAGGUACUUGAGUGAUGCUUGUAAGCCAUGUUGGCGUCAACGAUGGGAUGAGCACUAAAUACAAUGAGCGAAAGAGUGUGUUUUGUGCAAGAUGAGGAAAAUGAGUUUAAAAUUGCUGUUGUGUGUUCUUUGACAGACAGUUGGCAUUACAGGCUUUGUUUUUAAAACAUCUUGUGAUAUUUCCUUCUAUGAAUGAAUUGAUGUACUGACCCAAUGUUGUACAAUGAAUAUAGGGGCCCUCUCACUGUAGGCCAAUUGAAGUGCAGUAUUGUUGGAAAAACCGGAUGUGCUCUAGUCCCAAUGAAUAUAGAUUUUAGAUUUGAGUAUAGAGUCAAAAUGGCUAAAAUGUUUCAUAAUGGAGCAGUUUUAAUCCUAAUGGUCUUGAAGAUAAUGCAAGUAAGCAAGAAAUAGAGUAAGCUGGUAGGUCAUAGUCUGGAAUAGUUGGAUGUUGAAAAGACUAAAAUGUAUUGAGCCUUGAUAAAAUAUUUUAUUGGAAGUGUAAAGAGGUCCCAGCAUUGUGGUAGGUCCUUCAGUAACCAAAACAAGAAUGUAUCUGCUUGUUGUGAUACUAAACAAACUGCCAUUUUCAUUUACAAGUUGUACAUAGCUCCUCUACUCUGUGCUUUUUUUGUUUUGUUUGUUUGUUAAUUCUGCCUGUGUUUGGACUGCUUUGCGUAACAUGCUAUGGGACAGUGUUGGUUUCAUUUCCCUUUUUCAAUGCUGUGCAUGGCAGACACUUGGCACAGUGAAAGUUUUAAAAGAAAAAAAAAAGACAAAGGAAUUCAAACUUCCCUCUAAUGCAUUUUGCAAAAAUGGCACAAAGUUUAAAAACAAAAAAGACAAAGGAAUUCAAACUUCCCUCUAAUGCAAUUAAAAAUAAAAUAAAAAUGAUUAUACUAUGACUACUGAGACAUGAAGAUCGUCUCGAGCAUAAAGCUGGAAAAAAAAAUGAUAGGAAAAGAAUGGAUUGUUAACAAAUCAGGUGUCUUUGGAAAAUGAAAGUGCCUCAUAUUGAAUAUUGGUCUUGUUUUAUUGAAGGUGCCACAUCAUAUCUCUUAUUAUACAUUAAGGUGUACAAAAAUGUUUGAAAGAUGAAUUUUAUUAACUCACCUCAGCUCAGACUUCAUGGAAACAAGAGAAGCUUCCAUUCCUACAGCAUUCCUCUUGGGUCUUAACACUAUUUUAAUGCAUUGUUUGUUAUAAGUUUUUCAUUUGGUAUUUUAACAAAACUUGAAUUUUAAAUAUUCCUGUAAAGUAAGUAACUUAAAUGUACAUAUCUAUGACAUGUUUUAGCUGCUCCUCUUCCUCCGGUGAUCUUCAUCGCAUCAGUUCCUUUUUGUAAGUAUUGUAUGAUACAAAGGCAAGGUUAUGGGACCAUGGAGAGUGAACAUGGUCAUGCUAAUCAUCUUUGGGGGUUCUUCAGUCUCCCCUUGUGUGAACAAUGCUUCCCUUACUGUUUGUAUCAUGCUGGGUCCGCUCCUGUGGUGGACGCACAUUGUAUAACACUGGAAAAUAAAACCCUUUUUGUCUGAUAAA